AACACGAGCGAAAGAGGAGUCCGGGGAACUCUGGAAGUGUGGACACGAGAACGAAUGGACCGACAGACUCGGGCGUAGGCCAACAGCAGAAAGAAAGCCUGUGGCACCAGGUCUAUUGUUAGUGGCGGUUAAUGAUGGAGUCCAGCAGCGAAACCAAGAGGAUGACCUCUUACCUCCCAAGCAAACCCUCAGCUGAGAACCAAAAGCUGACCUCACCCAGAGAACCAGGCUGCAGCUGGCUGGUGGUGGUUGCAGCCAUAGCGGCCUCUCUGAGCGGCCUGAUGUUGGGCUACGAAAUGGGGCUGACUUCUGGGGUCCUGCUGCAGCUGCGGGGCCUCCUCUCUCUCUCCUGCAGGGAACAGGAACUGCUGGUCAGCUCCCACCUGCUCGGUGCACUCCUCGUCUGCCUGGCCGGAGGAACAUUUUUAGAUCGCUAUGGCCGACGCUGCUCUUUGCUUCUGAGUGCUGUUCUAGUAGUUGGCGGCACCGUUGUGCUCAUCGCUGUGGCUUCUUUUGUUGCACUGACACUUGGCCGUGUAAUUGUGGGCAUGGGAACAUCUCUUUCAGGGACAGCAGCUUGUUUGUACAUUGCAGAGAUCUCACCGAGGGAGAGGAGGGGUCUCCUGGUGACGCUGUACGAGUUGAUGUUGGUUGUUGGUGUAAUGCUGGGAUUCGGCUGUAGUUACGCCUUUGCUACCGUACCUCAUGGCUGGGUCUAUACAUUUGGACUAGUAAUUCCUCCAGCACUCCUGCAAAUAGGUGCGCUCAUAUUCCUCCCACCCAGUCCACGCUUCCUCGUUGCUCAGGGCAAAGUGGAGCGGGCGAAGAAAGUGUUGGCCAGAAUGAGAUGCGUAAGUAAGGAGCGUGUGGAAGUGGAGCUCAGGGAUAUCCAGGUUGGACUGAAAGAAGAAUCAGAGCAUAGCUUCUUGGAGCUUUUCAGUGCCAAAGCUAAUCUGCGUUCACGGCUCCUAAUAGGUGUGGCCUUAGUCUUCCUCCAGCAGGCUACUGGACAGCCCAACAUCCUUUCCUAUGCUUCGCCACUUCUCCGCAGCGUUGGCUUCAACAGUGAUGCUGCAGCAACCCUGGCCUCCACGGGGUUCGGAGUCGUAAAAGUAGUUGGUACCAUCCCUGCCGUGUUGCUGGUCGACCGAUUGGGACCCAAGAGCUUUUUGUGUGUGGGUGCUGUCGCUAUGGGAUUGUCGCUGGCUGCCCUUGGUACAUUGACUCUACAAAGUCACACUCACCUCACAAGCCUGUGCAAUAGCCAAAGCCCUCUAAACAACACGCAUAUGCCAUGGGAUUUAAACGAAACCUUCACAGACUUUGAGAAUAGUGGCACUUUGUCUACCCACCUGGAAAACCAGUGGAACACUGAACAGGUGCAGGGGCUCAAAACAGAGAAUGAUGCAGUGUGGGAAUCAGUAGGAAGAAGGACUCUUGUUGAAGUGUCUUCCUCACUGAAGUGGGCGUCAUUGAUCAGCCUGCUGGUGUAUGUGGCAGCCUUCUCAAUUAGUCUUGGACCAAUGGUGUACGUCGUUCUCAGUGAGAUCUUUCCGAUGGGAGUCAGAGGUAGAGCUGUAUCGGUGGUGUCAGCUGUAAACUGGGCCACAAAUCUGCUGAUCUCCAUGACCUUCCUCACCAUCACGGAAAACAUCGGUGUGCCCAAUGUUAUGUUCCUGUACUCCACCAUGAGCUUUGUUCUGCUGGUAUUCGUCGUCCUCUUUGUCCCUGACACCAAAGGUCGCACACUGGAGGAGAUCUCAAAAGAGCUAGCUAAGAAGAAGACUUUUAAGGUGAGAAUUUCCAGGCCGGUUCAGCCUCAAGAGAGCCUGAUCAGGGACAGCAAACCUACACAACAACUGUCCUGAGAGUCAAGAGCAACGAUCAAGACAAUAUACAAUCAAAAAUAUCCAUAUAUCUAGAAUAAUCCUUUAAUUGUCCCACAAGGGGAAAUUUGGUUGUAACAGCAGCCAAAAAGACACAUAUACAAACAAACAGUACACAGGACACGGAACAGAAACAUACACAAUUUUUCUUACAUAUUUACAUUAAGGACAAUGGUUAUUAUAAACAGAGUACUGUACAGUUAUUAAAUUAAAUAAAAAUAACUACAGGUAAGAGGCAAACCAGGUUGUAGUGCGAAUUGGUUAAUUAACUUAUUGCAGUUACAGCGCAGAUGUAAACAUCUAUGUUUGUUGGGAGCAGUUCUGAUUGUACAGUCUGACAGCUGCAGGGAGGAAGGACCUGUGGAAACGCUCCUUCAUGCAUCUAGGAUGCAGCAGUCUGUCACUGAAGGAGCCUGCAGUUCAGCAACAAUCAUCUCAUCUACGUCGCUAUAUUGGCUGUAGUUACAGCUGUUUCUUGAUGAUGAUGAUGCCCACAUGUGAUCCCAUCAUGGAGCCUUUGAUUUUUUUUAAAUGAGCAUAGCUAGUAUUAUAUUCUAGUAUUAAUUGCUAUAUUCAAGAAAAAGCAAAUCUUUUUCUCAGAUUUCCAUCAGUUUUUACAUUUUUUUUUCUCCGUUUUGAGUAAAAAAAAAAAAUUCAUCUAGCAAAUCUGGCAUUAUAUUAACUAAAAUCAAACACCAAUAGCCCAAACUGGUACUCGUUCUUUGGAGGAGGGCAAGCUUAUUCCUAAGCACAGUGUCAUUUUAUUGGUGCCCAUUGUUAUAUUUAACGUGGUACACAAGGGCCAAACCAGUCAUACCAGUUAUGUUAGUGGAUGUGUUCAAAACCCACAUGAAAUAUGGAAGGAAUUGUUUGUCUCCUCAUUUGCAUUUUAUGGGAACACGCAGCUAGCUGUGUAAGACCGGCUACUGAAUGUUUAAAAAGAAUCGGCGAAAAAAAGCAAAUCACGAGGUUCAGGAGCCAUGUUUGGCAUGAAUUGUGAUUUAGACCGAUUCCUUCUUUUAUUUUUUAUUAGUACGAUGCUGUAAUGAGUUUAAGAAUACAAAUUCUAUAGCGGAUGCCCUAUGCACGAGUAAAACAUUUACAUUUUAUAACCUGUACUUUGACUUACAUCACCUUUUAAAUGUUGCAAUGUGUGUUUGCAAAGCCUGACAUGGAAAUCUCAGUCGUUAAUGACAGUAUGGAAGACAUUCUAGGGAAAAAAAAACCAAAAAAACAAAUCAACUGGGAAGUGCCUUCUCCACAUGUACUCGGGAUAUGUUCACACACACAAAAACAAUGUCAUGCAAAGGGGAGCAAACACACCACACAGUAGUCCACUGGUUGCCUGUUCACUUUUAUUUUUUUUUAUACAAAAUACAAAAAUCCAAGUGCCACAAUUUUUCAGUUGACACUAGUUCAAAAAGUACUCCAUCAUACACACAUUUAAACAGCAUGUCUAAGCUUUUAAUCAACAUUUUUUCUAUCAGAUGCAUUUAUAUACAUACAUACAUGUUGCCUUUAUGCCUGUCCAAACACUCAUGGUUGCCUCAAGAAUUCACAUGAAUGUAUUACGAAACCUUUUCGACAAGUGUUAGUGCUGCCAUACAACUUUGUACGACUCCACAGAGUGGCUGCUUUUGUAAUUAUGAGUCAGUUACUUUUUCAUGUUAUGUUUUUGCUACUUUGUGUGUGUGUGUGU